UCAAUCGUUGUUCUCCUUUUCAAUUUUUCUUCUUUUCCUUUGUGUUCUUACUAGAAGCAGAGAUCCAAAGAGGAAGCUCCGAUUGCUGUAAAACAAUGGCGGAUUACCAUUUCGUUUACAAAGAUGUCGAAGGAGCUUCCACUCAAUGGGAUGAUAUUCAAAGAAAGCUAGGGAAUUUACCCCCAAAGCCACCAGCUUUCAAGCCUGACCCUUUUGAACCUGCACCUGACCCGGAUUCCGUCCCUAAGGACAAGUCUUGGAUCGAUGAAAAGACUGAAGAACAACUUGAAGAAAUCGAAGAUGAUCUCGAUGAUGAUAGAUUCCUUGAAGAAUACAGAAAGAAGAGGCUGGCUGAGAUGAGGGAAGCUGUUAAGAUUUCAAAGUAUGGAUCGGUUAUGCCAAUUUCCGGAUCCGAUUUCGUACGGGAGGUUUCGCAAGCUCCUCAGGAUGUCUGGGUUGUUGUCAUUCUCUACAAAGAAGGAUUUCUGGAGUGUGGGCUGCUUUUGCAGUGUUUGGAAGAAUUGGCAGUUAAAUACCCUGCAACAAAGUUUGUCAAGAUAAUAUCUACAGAUUGCAUUCCUAACUACCCAGAUCGUAAUCUUCCCACACUCUUGGUGUAUAACAACGGAGCGGUGAAAGCAAAUUAUGUAGGCUUGCAUAGUUUUGGCCACAGAUGCACGCCUGAAGGUGUGGCCUUAGUUCUUUGUCAAUCAGAUCCUGUACUGAAUGAUGGUCAAAGUGGGAGCAAUGCAUCUGUUCUCGAAGGAGUUCGAAAGAGGUUCAUAGAGAAAGUUGUUACGGAGCAUGAAGAUCAUGAUGAUGAUGGGUCUUCAAGUGAUUGAAUGUUUGGUCAGUUCAUUUUAUUUCUUUUGUUUGGUAAAAGAAUGAUUACCAUUGACAGAGUGGCUUCUUUGCUGCUUCAGGAACAAAUGGUAUUGUAUUUGUUAUAACAUCUUUAUCAUGUUUCCAACAAAUUGGGAUGCAAUUCUUAGCUCCAA